AUGGAACAACAGUUGGAGUCAUUACAACGCGAUUACAAUACACCCAAGAGUUCGCUAUACAAGCCGAAUAACGAAGGACAAAAUCCACAAUUAAUCGAAGAGUUGAGAAAUUUGCACGAAACCGGAAGUCACAGAACAGUUGAACUUACGGAAUACGAAGACGACGACAACGAUGACUGUGAAGAGGAAGAAGAGGAUGAAAAUGAGCUGAGAGACGUGACAUUCAAAUUGGAAACAAUGCGAUAUGCUGAUGCGAGGAUGGGAGUUUGUAGCGUGUGUCGAUACUCUAUCACAAGUCAAGACGCCAGUCCGGCCAAUUUUGAAAAAGCUCUUUUGUGCUCAGAUGGACAUCUUUUAUGCCAUCAAUGUAUCGUGAGAUUCGCCAUCCAAUUAGACAUGAACUGCGUGCUAUGCGCGGCAACGGAAGCUCAUUAUAAUUUAGCGAUAGAAGCAGCAUCGAGCGUCUCCAGAACAAGCAGCAUUAAAAGCAUUAAACCGAAAAGCCGAAAUCGAGUGGCUGGCUUACGACAUUGUUGGGAUAAACACAGCACUAAUGUACCAAUUAGUGCAUCUCAAUCAAAUGUAUCUCAUUAUAACGAGCACUGGGAUGAAACCGAAGAUGAACGAUCAAAGAAUUUAGUAUCAAGGCAUCGAAGCUACUGUGACGUAGCACAACACGAGUCACCGCCAAGAACACAGAUCAACAGUCAAAUGAUUUCUGAAUGUUCGCGACGACCAAUUCAAUGUCCAAGGCUAGACUGUGCAGUAAACGUCGCAUUUUCGGCUCUGACAAAUCAUUUUCUAUUUGAUCAUCCAGAGGUGCCGAUUCUCAGUGUUGAUCCCGGCGAAAAAAGUACGCUCAUUGUUAAUUUCGACGGUUUGAUUUACGAUUCGAGUCGCUGCCUCGCGCUAUUACUCGUCUCUAGAAAAUUAUCAGGACCAGCAGCAAGACAGUUCAACGGCAAUCACGUGCAUACUCGAUACAAAAAUCGAUUACCGUUACCUAUUCUUGCAGCACGUUUACGAUGUAAUGCUUCAAAAAUCUCCAAUGAAAAUAAUCAUAACGAUGAUCGAGACGUAGUUAUAACUUGGGUGGCAGGUCUCGAUAUCGGUAAUGCUACCACCGGCGCACUUUGUUGUAGUAUCCAGGCUAUUGACAGUAUCAACGGGGAAACAGCAUUUCGAUCACUGACUUAUACGGGUCCAAUAAACUCACUACGUACAGCGCAGCAACCUCGUGAAGUAUUUCUCACUGGUGAUUGCGUCAUACUGCAUGAUGGCUUCAUCAGUCACAUCGCAUCCGGUUGUGAAAAUCUUAAUAUCAACGUCACCAUACACUAA